UGACGAAAAAAAGGCCUGUAUUUAUUAUUUUCUGGUUUUCUAUGAAAGCGACCAAUAACGACCGUUUCAACGAAUCAUGAACAGUCUAUCGUGCUGCCAUUUUUCGCACCGAACCCGCUUUCUCGUUAAGGGCUGAACAGGAUGAGCAGACAGUGGGUGAUAGAGGGGCGACUAGAUUCAAGACAGCCUCGGUUACUCGCGUCCUCUCAUGAUCUCUCUCGUCCCUUGUAAUUCCUCCCAAAAAUUGUUGGCCAUUACGUGUUCUCGCUCAGGACCUUCUUUUUUCGCUUCGGGCAUGUACUCUUAUGGAUCGGCCACGUGGUGGUUGUUGAAGAACGACUGGUAACUGGUCAGACUUGUGAUCUUCUGAAGAGUUUUUUUUUCUCAACUUACUAUUGUCGCAGCUCUUGGGAGCUCAAAAUUCCUCCGGGUCUUGAAGCAUCGUCGCUUCUCAGUGACCCUUCACGACUCCAGUGUCUGGGACAUAGAUGGGCCGCGGGAGCUGUCCAGCCAAGGCGUACUACACCUCACGAUAGGCAAACUGCAUAGACUCGACGAUGAAUAGAGUGGCAUCAAAUCUCUCUACUCCCUUGUCCUCCGUCUUUCGCUCCCUAGCCACGUAUUUUCGCGUUCGCAGGCAAACCGACAUUGCCCAAAGGUCAUCGCGCUUCGCCUUGGUAGCAAUCAGAGGAGCCAUCCAGUCGAGGUAAGCCUUGAUACCAGAGCCGAUGGUAUCGGGGACGCGUAUGAGUCGUAUGAGUCCGACGACGUGGUGAUGAAGGCGUGGCGACUGCUUCACAGUGGCCUGGCUGUAGAUCCAAGGCUGGUACAGUCCUGGCGGUCCUUUGUACAUCUCAGGAGGGGUGAAGCGGAAGCUGUACCAUGUCCCAUCACCAAGCUCGCGGUGCCAGUAGACUCCCCAUUCGAAUUUCUCGGACCCUACAACAUGUUGUGAGGUUCCCUCUAAGCCUCGAAGAUGUACAACUUCGAUAUUGCUUGUGUCGACAUCGUAAAUAUGAGCAAUGGUAUGAGGUGGCUCCUCGGGAACGGAGAUCGUCAUGUACAGCGUGAAGGGCUGUAGCUGUUGGGUUGGGUAACUCAUCUUGAGGCCUUCUCUCGCUUCACCUCUGGUGUAGGAACCGCCGACGAUUUGCUAAAGUGAAGCUCAUGGGGAUGCUCAGGUGUGUUUGCAGGGUAAGUAAACUAACUCAGCACGGAAAGCCUUGAAUCCUGCUGAAGUUCACAGAGCACAAGCUCAGAUUGUCUAGGCACUGGCAGUCAGCUGUCUGUGAAUUUUUUGCAAAUAAAUGCCCAAACAACAGAUCAUGAUCAUGACCGUAUUCGUCACGCAUCAUUGUUUGCAUUCGUCUGUAGCGCAAGUUCGCUGCUAGUGUGACUUGAAGAAAUUGAGUUGAUUGAUACCCUGGACUUUGGCUGCUUCAAAAAUCUACGGUAUCGCGUGGUAAUAUUUCGGAGUUUUGUUCGUAUCAUGAGUUCUCGUGUCUCAAAAGGCCCCGGGCAUCGGCAUGAUGUACUCUCUAGCCCAAGCAACAUCCAUAAGAUGAGCUAUUAUAACGGACCGACCAUUUGACAACCGCACCUAUCUCUGCGCAAAGAGAAACGCCAACCCCACAGCAGAACCACUCCGUCUCGCAACUUAGCCGUUACGGCGCUCGCUAAAGCGCCGAGAACUUGACCACACGAUCAAUUGCGCUACACGUUCUGGGGAAGCUCUCAUGCUGUACGCCGAUAGGUGGGGAUAUAUUCGGGGGUUGUUGAGGGGUCAAAGAGAAGAUGUGAAAGUGUUUAAUGAGAAUUUUCAGCUCAGACUGUCCUUGAACACAAGUUUUUGACACAUUUUAGGAUCACGAAGCCUUUCACAUACAAGGCACCCGACCUUUGUGACAACUUUAAUAGCAAAACCACAGAAACUCAAUUGCGACAAUAGAAAUCUACGUCAUAUCAUCAACAGCUGGUCCACGAUCCCCCGAGGGGCAAUAGCGGGGCAUUUUAGCAACCUUGCAACGACAGCUUCUCACGCGAUAAAGCUUGCGACGAAUACAAAAACUCGUAAUUGUCGCUUCUGAAGCAAGAAAGCCAAUCGCAAACAUAUACUGUAUCAUACACUUUCAUCAUGACCGGUACCGUGCCCGUUGCCAACGCCUUGAGCGACAUCUAUCCUCCUGCGGCGCUCGCUGAGCAGGGUCCACGAUGGAAUAACCUUCUCAGCAAGUUUGAGUCUACCUACGGACAUGCUGCUUCUUUCGUCGCUCGCUCCCCUGGACGAGUUAACAUUAUUGGAGAGCACAUUGACUACUCUCUCUACUCGGUGCUGCCCAUGGCCAUUACUGCCGACACCCUUCUCGCCGUUUCCGCUACACCCGCCGCCCAGGAUGCCAAGUCCUUUCGCAUCCGCAUCGCCAACGUUGAGGAUGACAAGUUUGAGGCCGCUGACUUUGAGGUCCCCUUUGACGGGGAUGUUUCAAUCGACGCGACCAAGCUAGAAUGGACCAACUACUUCAAGAGUGGUCUAAAGGGUGUGCUGGACCUGUUGAGGAAGAAGUAUGGAAAGGAUUUCAAACCAUGCAGCAUGAAUCUGCUUAUGGAUGGCACUGUACCUGUUGGUGGAGGUCUUAGCUCAAGUGCUGCUGUGGUCAGCACGAGCUCACUAGCUAUCAUGUUGGCCAAUGGUGAGAAGACGGUGGACAAGACUGAGCUGACUGAGCUUGCCAUCGUGAACGAGCGUGCGGUAGGAGUUAACUCGGGAGGUAUGGAUCAAGCUGCCUCUGUCUUCUCUGAGAAGGGUGCCGCUACCUUCGUUUCAUUCAGUCCAAGCCUCAAGGCUAAGCCAGUUCACUUCCCUCCCACAAAUCCCGAAAUCACAUUCGUUAUCGUGCAGUCCUUUGUCACAUCAAACAAGCAGGUCACAGGCCCCAUCCACUACAACCUUCGUGUAGUCGAGUGUAGCAUUGCUGCAUCCUACCUCAACGCAGUUCUGAAUCCACCCGGCACACAACUCCCCGAGGAUGCAGGCCCCCUGGGCGUCAGUCUCGGAGGUUUCCAUGAAACUUUCUUUUACCACCAGAGCGGCUCAGAUUACUCCGCUGCCAAGACCCUGACCAAGGAGGAGGAGCUAGAGAAGUUGAUCGAGAUCACUGAGAAGACCCUGACACAGGAGGAGGGAUACACACGGGAGGAGGUAGCCAAGGCUCUGAACAUCACGGUCGAGGAUCUCGAGAAGCGUUUCAUGUCCAAGCUUCCAGUACGUGCCGAGCGCUUCAAGCUCCGCCAGCGAGCUCUGCAUGUGUUUAGGGAGGCACACCGGGUUCUUCGUUUCAUGAAGCUGCUCGAGAACCCUGUCCACACAGGAGCUACCGACACAACCAAGUUCAACAAAGAACUUGGUUCGCUGCUGAACGAAACCCAAGUAUCAUGCCGGGAUUUGUACGAGUGCAGCUGUCCCGAGCUUGACGAGAUCUGUGCUAUUUCCCUUCGGGAAGGAUCUUACGGAGCCCGUGUGACCGGUGCCGGUUGGGGAGGUUGCAGUGUGCACAUGGUGCCGGCGGAUAAGGUCGAGGCUGUGACACAGGCCCUUGAGCGGGAGUAUUUCUCCAAGAAGAACUUGACGGAGGAACAGAAGAAGGGGGCCGUUGUGGUGAGCCGGCCGGCAACCGGAAGUGCCAUCUACUAUGUCAAGGACGGCGUGAAGCCUUAAGGUGUAAUCUUAAGACGGAUAAAUAUGUAUAAGCAUAUUAGCAGUAAAUAGUGCAUCGAGGAACAAGAAGCAUAAAGUGAACGGCAGCAAAGGUCCGGUUGAUCAUACACAUGGUCAAGGAUUCAAGGGAAUUUUACAAAAUGUUGAAAUUGAAUGUCACUUGGGGGCCUUUUUGGGCACAUAUCCCACCUGAGGCCCGAUGGCUUGGUCAGUCCUUGUACGAGCAGAUCACCGAUGUGACGCGUCGUUCUAGCCUGGACAAUUAUUAUCCGUAAGUGGGAGUAAUACCCUAUUUGAGGAACUUAUGUGAGGCUCCGAAUAUGCUGAACAAGCCGGCAAGGCAAGGGAGAGAGUGCGAUGUCACGCUUUGAAUUGCCGGACGCGAUCACACGCAAAUGCCGAGAUGACAACGAAACCUUAAGGGGAUGAAGCAUAUUGCGCUUCCGGAAUGCACGGGUUUUGGUGACAAGAGGCAUCGUUGGACGGAAGAGGACACGCCAAAUUUCCGGUCAGGGGUGGUCUGUUUUUAGGCGUCUAGAAGAUGAAGAGUGGCGGCGUGGUAGUGGCGAUGAGGUUUAGGGACAGUAUUUAGAGUUUCCUCUAAUUAUUGGAAGGGUGACAACUUGGACGUUGCAGAAUGACAUGGUUAGAGGUGCUUGGGAAAAUCAAGAUCGACAGGGUCGCUUCGAGUCUAUGGUUCUGGAUACGAGCGAGAACAUUGAUGCCAUCGUGAUCCUUGCUUCUUGGUACCCGAUUCCCCGGG